CAGCGCCAGACUUAGCGCUGUGCGAAAUUCACUGUUCCCGCUGCCAGCGCGGACCAGUUGCCUGCGCGGAGAGGCUGCGUGGAGGCAAACGCCCGCCCGGACAACCGGGCAAGCUGCAGGGGCAGCCCCCACGCCGGAAGAUGCGAGCGCCCAUCUAGCUUCAUAGCCAUGCCACGCCUGCGGCCCCGGCCGGGCUAUGCGUUCGAGGCGCCCGCCGCCGCGGUCGAGAAGCCCGCCGAGGUCGCGGAGCCCGUCUCGCCGCCGGCGCCGCCAUUUGACGCGUGGGAUGCGCCCGCCGACGCGUUCGCGGAGCCCGCCGAGGCGGAAGAGCCUGCCGAGAGCAGCGCCGACGAUUCUGCCGACGCGUUCGAGAAACUCGCCGAUGCCUUCGAGGACCCCGGCACGCCGCCGCCACCUAGGAAAACGCCGCAGGAGCUCGCCGCCGCGCUGGCGGAGGUUUCCGACAAGCUGGAGCCGGCCGCGGCGCCCGAGCCGAAGAGCCCGCGGCCGUGGAGCUUCCGGAGGACGCUGCACAGCCCCAGCCGGACGCCCAAGCGCUUCUUCGGCAGCCCUAAGCCGAACGUCGAGCCAAAGAAGCUCUGGGAGGACGGCGACGCGAGCGACGCCGGCGACGCGCCCCGCGUGUCGCUCGAGGAGCUCGACGAAUUUGUGGACGUUGUCGCGCUCAACAAGCGCACCGGAAAACGGUCGAUCAUCCGAUUGGCGCGCGGGACGGUCAUGAGCGACGUCUUCGCCGCCUACGCCCAACAUACAAAAAGCGACGCGAAGAAGCUCGUCUUCGUCCGCGGCGACGGCACGGAGAAGGGCCGGUCCCUCUCGCCGAAGGCGCGCGUCGCGGACCUGCGGAGCCCCGCCGCCGCGCGGAGCCCCGCGCGGACUCCUCGUAAAAAGCGCGAGCCCAAGAAGUCCUUCGACGAGCAGAUCUGGAACCGCGCCGUGGCCAUUGGGCACGACGCGUGGGACGAGAAGCACUUCGGGUCGCUCGACGCGGGUGAAUCGGUUGCGCUGCCUCUCAAUAGGGCCGAGAUCCGGCCCGACGUGGAGUACAUGGAGCUGUCGAUUGACUUAGGAGAAGAGGAGCCGCCGCCCGGAGGCACGCCGCUGCGUUCGCUUAGGAAGCAGGCGUCGCGGGUGACGGGCGUCACGGGGGCGUUUUCCGGGAAGAGUCCACCGCCAUCGCCUGGAGGAGAGCGUCCCGGUACGCCCCUGCGAAAUCUACGGAAGCAGGCGUCGAAGCUGAGCGGCGUCACGGGCGCCUUCUCGGGCAAGAGCCCGGAGUAGUAUGGGG